UCACUAAAUUGAAUUUUCCAGCACCUCGGUCAAAGUUGUGGUAUACCAGUGAUAUUUAUGUGGAAUCCUUCAGAAUGGCAAUACCGUGGUGAGGGCAAUAAGCACUUGGUUUUAUUUUACAAUGGCUGCUCUACCGAUCUACGAGGCAAAGUAAUCCGUCUUCAAAAACUCAGAUCAGACUCGCAAGCGAUCGCCGAUGAAUCCCUUCAGGACGCAAGGAGAUACCUUGAGACGUUGGAAAAGGUUUUCGCCCCGUUGCUUGGGGAGAGCUAUGUCCAACAUAUGGAAGUGAUUGAGUUACCAAAUGAAUUCUUGGUAGAAGCUGCUCUUAUGACCCACAGAGAGAAAAACUUUGAUCGGCUUUCAACGUAUGGACAGUUAUGCGACGAUCUUCUCAGUGGACCUGUUGCUGUAGAGAUCAAACCAAAGUGGGGGUUUAUGCCCAAGAUGGACGGUCAAAAGCAGAAAACAUGCAGAUUUUGUAUGCACUCGCAUUUGCGUGGUAGUCAUUCUCACUACUGUCCCAUUGAUCUGUACAGCGGCGACCGUAGUAGGAUUGUGAAGGCACUCAGCGCACUCACCAUCACCCCCCGAAACAAUUUCCGAGUUUGCAUGAACGAACCAUUCACCGCCGAUGCCUUACAUACACUAAUAGCUGAAAUUAUCAUGACCGACCCUAUUCUGCCUAAUCUUGCUGAACUUCAAAAGUCACUGGAUGAAUUGGAUAUUGAAAGGAUAUGGCCAAUGUACGAGGAACAAAAAGAUCAGCUCCAACAUUUGUCUAUCGACGAAUGGGCGCGAGCAGUCAACAAUUUUAAAAGCGGGAGUCAUCGCGAUGAUCACAUACAACGCAUCAUGGAAUACACCUUAUCCAUGACAUUCAAAGAUUGCUCUGUCAUGAUAUGCAUUGGCGCCUCGGCGGAUAAGCAAAUCGAGUGGUAUUUCGAUGGUAGGUGGCACUCUUCUACAUAUAGCGUCAGAGUCAUCGACCUCGAUCUGAAAUCUGUCGAUAAUAUUGACCGUUGGUAUGAGCUGGAUCAAACCAUUGUUCAGCACGCUGUGAAAUCAGGACUCAAUCGACAAUGUGAAAACACAUCAUAAAAAAAAAAAAGUAUCUCAUUAUCAUCAAUGUAC